CUCAAGGCACGGCUGCGCGCGCUGCAGGAGCCGCUCUGGGCGCUGGAAGAAGCAUUGCUGCCGCGGCUGGCGCGGCUGCCCGCCGCCGUCGACCCGCGCACGCCGGUCGCCGACACAUUCGAGCCGGUGCCAGCGGAGCCGGAGGCGGCCGAGCGCGCGCCGUUGCCCGCCGCCGACCCGCUGCUGCCGGACGUCGAGCCGUCGGCUGUCAGCCCCGGCGCCUACUAUCUGCACGGCGCGGCGGCCGGCUGCGAGCAGGCGCUGGUCGAGUACGCGUGUCAUGCGCUGGCGGCGGCCGGCUUCCAGCGCGUCAGCUGCCCGGACACGGUGAAAAGCCUUGUGGCCGAGGGCUGCGGGCUCGAGUUCGCCGACCCGGCGCAGGUGGCGCGACUGGCGGCUUGCCACGAGGGCACCGCCGGCUCGCCGCUCGGCCUGCACCUGGUGGGCGGCGCCUCGCUGCCGGCCGUCUGCGCGCUGCUGGCCAAGAGCCGACAGCCGGCCGACGCGCUGCCGGUGCGCCUGUUCGCCAGCGGACGGCUGUACCGG